CGCCCCGCCCCUCACAUGACCGCUAGCGAGGUUUUUGUCGCGCCCGCUCGCCCCGGCCGCUCGCCGUGCCCCGGUGUCCCCGCCGCCGCCGGCAGCAGCAGCAGCAGCACCGCCACCGCCAUCGCCAUGGGCCCGCGCCGCUCCGCCGCCUCCUCCCGCGGCCGCCUCCUCCUGCCGCUGCUGCUGCUCGGCGUCUCUGGUUUUUUCCAGUCCUAUGCAGUUGAAGUAGAUAUAAAGGAUGCUUCUAAUGCUACAUGCCUGUAUGCAAAUUGGAUGAUGAGUUUCUUGAUAACAUAUGAAUCAAACAAUGGUGAUUAUAAAAACACAACCCUGAAUUUGUCACCCAAUGCGACACACAAUGGAAGCGUCUGUGGCAAUGACACACAGGCUGCCCUUCUGGCAGUGCAGUUUGGAGAAGGUCAUUCUUGGAGCAUUAACAUCACAAAAACCAAUGAAACUUACCAGGGAGACUUCAUCACACUGACCUACAACACCAAUGACACAGCUGUGUUUCCUGAUGCUAAGAGAAAAGGACCAGUUACUGUUCUUAUGAAGGAUCCUGCAGGUCCAGUUCAGCUGAAUACUGUCUUCGUGUGUCACAAUUACUUUGUUAUUGAAGCAGAAAAUAUAAAACAGAUUUUCUGGAAUGUUACUGUGCAGGCUUUUGUUCAGAAUGGCACAGUCAGUAAAAAAGAGACUAGAUGUCCUGCUGAUAGACCUACUUCUGCACCUACUGUUCCACCUACUAUUGCCAAUGUAACCACUGCACCUACUGUUCCACCUACUAUUGCCAAUGUAACUACUGCACCUACCACUACUGCGUCUCCUGCUCCAACUCCUCCCAAGCCUGUAGAGAAUCCAGACACAGGAAACUAUUCUCUUAAAAGUGGAAAUAAAACGUGUUUCCUGGCAACUGUGGGGCUGCAACUGAAUGUUUCCCAAGACAAGCCUCUUCUGAUCAACAUCAAUCCAAAGACAACUGUCGCAGAUGGUGCCUGUGGUAACACAACAGCCACUCUGAAAUUGAAUGAUGGAAAUAGCACACUGAUUGGUUUCACAUUUGCUGUUAAAAAUGCGAGUGCAAGUGUACAGAAAUUUUAUCUGAGGGAGGUGAAUGUUACUCUGCUCAACCGUCUGAAUGGUUCUGUCAUUUCAAGUGCAGAUAACAACAACUUAAGCAAGUGGGAUGCUUUCCUUGGUAGCUCUUACAUGUGCCGAAAAGAGCAGACCCUUCAGAUUAAUGAAAAUGUUCAAGUACAUACUUUUAAUCUAUGGAUUCAGCCAUUCCUUGUGGAGGCAAAUAAGUUUGCUACAGCCCAGGAGUGUUCGCUGGAUGAUGACAGCAUUCUAAUCCCAAUUGUAGUUGGUGCUGCACUUGCUGUCUUGAUUGCCAUUAUAGUGGUUGCUUACAUAAUUGGCAGAAGAAAAAGCUAUGCUGGAUAUCAAACUUUGUGAAUCUAAGUGUGAUUCCUGUUACAAUUUCACUCUAAACAAAGCAAGUGCAAGUUCUGAAGUCCAAAAAAGACCCAAAACUUAGGAGUAAUUACUAGCCACAGCUAAUUGGAGUUGAGAAUAAAGGGAGAAUGUUUAUCUCAGAUGAAGCAGAAUUACACUUUGUUUUCCUGCCCUAAGAAGACCAUGUGGGUUUCAUAGCUGUCUUGAAGAUGUCAAAUCCUGGAUGAGUUGCUAGGCUAAGGAUUUUAUCUUGCAAAAGUCCUAAAGCUUUUAGGAUUUAUUUCUGCUUUUUACAAAUAUUAGCCUGAAACAAUAACACGUUCUGAACUGAUGUGCAUUGGGCAUCUCCCAGAAUAGCAUAGAAUUUGUACUUGCUUCUCUCCUCUGCGUUCCUUAGUUGUUGUUGUAAUUGUGGGUUAAGCUGGCAGCAUUAGUCACUCUGUUGACUUGUACAGUAUUUAACAAGGAUUGUCUAAUGCCCAAUAGCAACUUCGUUUUCCAUAGGAUUGAACUUCAGGCUGGUGAUUAAGCGAUCUCUGGAAGUGGCAGCAGUAACUUACUUGCCUUUGUUAGGAUUUCAGUAAUUUACUCCUGCCUUGGUGUAAUUUCAGGAAUCAUUCCUAUACAGUGGCUGUACAAACAAAAUGGGUAAUUUGCCAAAUGGUGAAUAUAUGGGAAGACUUCAGUGCCGUUUCCAGAUGCUUUCAAAAAAAAACCUGUUAGGCACUGAAUUCUUUGUUAUACCUUGGCAAUCAUCUAAAACACUCACCUAAGGCAGACUUCUGCUAAAUUAAUGCAAGCUUUUUUUUGCUGGCAUCAGUUUAAAGGGAAUAACCUUUCUAAAUAUUCCAGAACUUUAAAGUGCACUUAACUUCAUACCAUACUCUGCACAGAACUGGUCUGUCUUGUUGCUUUGAAUGACCUUUAAAGAUGCUUUCAUUUAAUGAGCCAGUAUCUGUUGUUGCAGCUUGAGCUGUUUUUAAAUCUUCAUCUUGAAUGGUUCUCUGCCAGUCCAAGUUCACAUUGUAGCUGCCCGCCAUUGGCACUCUGAAUGUUGAAUGUUUGUGUUGGGUUGUUUGCGGUGUAGCAUUUAUUAAUGUUAAGAAUGCAAAAGCCAAACAAGUCUGAGAUGGACCCACAACACCUGUUUUUCCUUGCUGUAUGAAAAGAAUAGGUAGGUUAAAAAAGUGCAGUGCAACUGGACUGUUCUUUAACUGCAGCUCUGUAGAGACUAACCCUUGAUGCACAACUUUGCUCUGGGCUCCUUGUGCAUAUUCUUACUGCAUGGAAAAAAAAAAAAAGUCUUUUAGACUUUUAGAUAAUUGUGGCUUUUUUGCAUAUGUCAUAACAUGAGCUGCCUAAGCUAGUUAUUUAAUGAACAUAACAUUGUCUCCCCAUUUAGAAUGAGUUUAGCCUGCAUCAAAGCUUCUCUAGUGUUUUAUUAGUGUUCUCUAGGGUUGUAGAGAUGUCUGUGGCAUGUUUGUAUACAAAUCAUAAAAUACACUUCUUUCAGUAAUGGUUUCGUUUGGUUUUUUUUUUGUAAAGACAGUUUACUCUUGACACUAGCCAAGGAAGCAUGUAUGGGUGGAUAAUGCUUACUAUAGCUUGUAGUCUACAGCUUGAAUUUUGCAUCAGUUACUGAAAUGCAUUUUAAUGAAAGUGGGGAACUGCUAUAAGUUUAAUCAUGAAACAAGCUUCAAGACUUACCAUUUUAAUUUUUAAAAAUGGAUCUAAUGACUUUCAUAUUAAUAUAUCCUCAAAUGCAGAAGUUCAUAUAGAUUUUUUAGCUUUUUUUUUUUUUGUGAGUGAUGUUCAGUGGCACCAGUUAAACAUGCAUCUCUGUUAAGGAGUAAUCAUCACACUAUUCUUCUGACCUUGCAAAUUUUUGAACUGUACACAAUUUCCAAGUGAUAAAAUAGAAGAUUCAUGCAAACUGCUUCCUAAAAUCAGCACUAGAAAUACCAUUGCAAAAACCUGUAAGUACAUUGGCUCAGAGUUUUAAGUACUCCUAGACUGAUGUGCAGGUAACUGGUUCAAAAAACAUCAGUUUCACCUGACUUCCUGUUGUUAUAAAACCACUAGUUUUCCUGUAUGUAUUGCUCCAUAGGGAACUGUCAAUCUGUUUAACCUGUGCUCUAAAAAAUAAAGAUUGUUCUAUUUCUUAAGGAAACUUGUUCACAUUUUUUAACUGAUUUGAAAACAGACGUCUUGUAUUGUCUUUUUUUAAAGAAAAUAAACUCAAUGAGUAAGGUGAACUCUAA